UUGGCAGGCAGUGCUUUGGUCUUGAUGAACUGGUCAGUGGGUGUUCUAUUCCCAGGCGAGGAAUGCUGCAGAAAGGGAAAUGGGAAGGGUAUUUCGGACUUAACCCUCACUGAUUGCUCGAAGCUUGUCACUGCUCUCAAGGACCAAAGUACCAACUGGCUUCAUCUUCAGUGCUUGCCUAAACUGAAAGGUACAUUCUUAAUUCUCCUAGUGACAGUGGAUGCUAAUGUCAUCACAGACAUGCUUCUUUCAUUGAAGAAACCAGUCAUCAAUAGUGCCCCACCAUCUCAUGACUCUAAUCUUACAAGGGGCAAGCAUGUGUUCAUGAACUCCACCGUGGAUUACCUUGGACCCAGCCAAUUGCCUAGCAUCACUGCUACAUGUGUCAAGAGGAAUAAGAGCAAG